AUGGAUUCCUCCUACGCUUCGUUGCUAGAGAAAACUCGUGUCCCUCAACCUUCUUUGCAGAAGUUUGCCGUUAUCUCAAUCUUUGAUAAACUCCGAACAGCUCCUCCGCACCAUGGAUUGGACUCUGAGCCCGGGAGAGCAGCUGUUAGUUACUGCCUUCACUCCAAUUCCGCUUUCGUGGUGGAGGUAUCCGUCCGGGAACUAUGUUGGCUCGUGAAAGACUCCAAAAUGGAGCUCUCUCGCGGACUAUUGGAGCUUCAGUCCGCCCUCGAAGAAGCGUCCGAUCCUCGUUUCGUCAACGUUUUCGUGAAAGCUAUCGGGUUUCUUGUUCAAUUAGGGUUUCGCAACCGCUCUUUCUCGCUUCGGUUUCGAUCAUCUGAAAAUCAUCCGUUUGUUAAGAUUCUUUCGUGUCGAAGUGAAGUUCAACGCGAGCUUGUGCAACAGCUGGGUCUAUUUAUGGUGAAAAAUAAGCAUUUGGGAAUGGAUGCCGUUUGUGAUUUCUUGAGGCCUUUCUUGAAUUACUCAAUCAUUCAGAUGUCUGUUUUGGUUCGUUUUCGUUCCUUUGUGAGAAGUUUGGUGACCUCAUUGGCAUCGCUUUGUUGUUCAUUCUCUUCUGAGGCAGUUCCUGUGAUUAAGCUGUUGAUGGAAUGUCUAAAAUUUUUCCCUAGUCGGGAUCCAGAACUGGUGGAGAUGGGAUUGCUGUCUCAAGAGGAAGUUGAGGAUAUUUGUGAAAUUGCAAGGCAUAUAUUGGUUGUUCAGAAAGAGCUAGGCUUGAAUUAUGUGCCCGAAUUCUCUUCAGUUAUGUUAUCCUUGUUUCUACCGCUGAUUCAGUCCGAGCUUGAACAAGAACAGCUUGCCGUUCUGAAACUCGUUCUCUUUCUUGUAGAGUGGAAGAUAGAAAGUGAUGUUGAUCGGUUUCCGAGCGAGUUAAGCGAGGAGCUUUUGUUUAUUUUUCCAGUCAUUAAUAUUGCAUCAUCACCAAGUAAAUCUGUCAAGCAAGUGGCAACUGUUCUUCUAUCUUCUCUUGAGAAGAGAUUGAUAGCUUUGUCGGGUCCUCCAAAGGAGGGGCCAGAUCCUCAAACAAGCUUCUGCCGCAAUAGCUCCCCGGGAUGCAUCAUUUAUAGGUUUCUUCAGCAUUUGUGGUAUCAGAAAACAUGUUCAUCUUCUUUUCUUUUUAACCUCGACUUCGCUUCUGCAAAAGACAUUAAUGAUGUGGGACAGAAGGUAUAUAAUUCUUGGACUUAUUUGCGUGACUGUUUGUUGCUUAUUGUUAAUAAGAAGAAGUCCGCUCAAACUCUUUCCAAGUCUCAGGGGAUCUUUAUUUCAGAGAUUUCCUUUUCACUUGCUGCUAUUGCUAGCGUCUGUCUUAUGCAUCAGAAAUUGAGGAACUCUUCAGUUGAAAUCUUAGCUUUCAUUGGCAAUGUGAACCCAGAACUUGGUCUGCCGUUGAUGCUGUUCAUUCUACUUUGCAAUCGACUUACUGGCAAAGAUGGAGACACAGGUUUCUGUGGCAUUUCACUGAAAAUUCUUGGCCUGCUUCCCUCACUUGCUUCUCAUCCUGCAAUGAUGCCACUAAUAGUUCAGACCAUAUUGCCAAUGCUUCAUAAGGAUGUAAAACCGGUUUUAUAUGCUACUGCUGUACGAUUAAUUUGUAAGACUUGGGAGAUCAAUGACCGUGUCUUUGGAAAUUUACAGGGAGUGCUAAUACCAAGUAAAUUUGUGGAGCUUGCAAUGGAGAAAGAUAUCUGCAUAAGCAUGGCUGCUUCUGUCCUGGAUGUUUGCCGAAAAAAUCCUGAUAGGGGUGUGGAUCUUGUUUUAUCUGUGGAGGCUUGUAUUGAGAAUGAAGAUAAUCUUGUUCAGUCUCUUGGGCUUCAGAGUCUUGCACAUCUCUGUGAAGCUGAUGUUAUUGAUUUUUAUACAGCCUGGGAUGUGAUCAAGAAGCAUGUAUCAAAGUACAAAACAAAUGCAGUGGUUACUUAUGGCCUAUGUAUUCUUCUACGGUGGGGAGCAAUGGAUGCUGAAGCAUACCCUGAGGUUUCUUCGCACAUUUUGAAUAUUUUAUGGGAAGUGGGUACCUCCAGGACUGCUGGUCAUGGCCCCUCGUGGGCUAAAACCCGGGCUAUGGCAUUCCAGGCACUAACCGCUUAUGAGGUUGUGCAUAUCCUGAGAAGCUUUCCAAAUUUUAAAGAAGUGAACCUGGAUUUUCUUAUUUCAGAGACUGAUCCUGAAGUGCUAAGAGUUUUAGAAGGAUUUGAAUCUAAAUUAAUUGACUACGAGUUCAUUAACCGCCGAAGUUUUGCGAGGCAAAAAAGGGAAUCUAAAAACAAGAUUGAGAAGUUGCUAGAUGUUCUUCCUCAGGUUAUCUUUCCUAGAGGAGAUGAAAGUAAAGUCAAAGAAAUACCUGGUGCAGCAUUGUUAUUGCUCAAUUUUGCGCCAGAUUUGCGGAACCGAGGACCACAAAAGGAACUGGAAGAAAUGAAUGCUAAAUUUGAGAAUGUGAUGGUGGAAAUAGCGUCCUCUCUUAAGCUUUCGAGGAAUGUACUGGUUGCCCUUGUUUCACUGCAAUCAUGGAAGCCGUUCAUGCGACGAUGGGUUAAAGUUCAGUUGAAGUUACUCGGUGCAAAGCCACAUUCCUCUGUGUUGGAUAACACUUCUAAAGCUGCAAACAAUAUUUUAAAGAUUUUGAGAAGAAAGGCUGAUGAGUGUAUACCUAGCUCUGCAGAAAAUUUUGGUCUAGCUAUUGGGGCGCUUUGCUCUGUACUUCCCCAGCCAGUACAUGUUGUGAAAUCUUCUGCCUCAAAAUUUCUGUGCUCUUGGUUGUUGCAACAUGAACAUGAGUAUCGCCAAUGGACAGCUGCAAUCUCUCUCGGACUGGUAUCAAGUUGUCUUCAUGUGACUGACAGAAAACAGAAAUUUGAAAAUAUUGAUGUCCUUCUCAAGGUUGCAUCCUCUAGCAAAAGCACUCUAGUGAAAGGAGCUUGUGGAGUUGGAUUGGGGUUUUCAUGUGAAAGUCUUCUUACAAGCGUUGGUUCUGAAGGUAAUUCUUCGUCAGAGAGAGAAAGUUAUAAGACAGAAGAAUUAGAAGUGCUCAGAAAUAUCAUUACGGUAUUGUCCAACAGUCUCUGUCAGUUCACAGAAUCCUCCGCUGAUAUAUUACGAAAGCUACCUUCAUAUAUUCCUCUGGCAAAGUAUGGCUCUAACCAAUAUGUUUCAGUUGAGUCAGUGAACGACGUCUGUGGUGAUUUAGAGGAAGAUAUAUGGGGUGUUACCGGACUUAUAUUGGGCUUGGGAAGCUCAAUUAGUGCAGUAUACAGAUCUGGAGCUCGUGAAGCAGUCAUAAAUAUUAAGGACUGGAUCUUGUCUUGUAUACUUUACUUCAACUCUUCAAUAGAAAGAAAUACUAGCAUAGAAAAGCGUGAUAUGGUGUUGUCUGCUGGAUCCUGUUUGGCCCUACCUGUUGUAGUGGCUUUCUGUCAACGAGUAGAACUGAUCGAUAGUACCGAGGUAGACCGUCUAGUAAGUUCUCUUAAAGAGCUGAUUUCUGAGCUUGUAUCAGUUGAACAAUUGAGUACCUUUGCCCAGAGCUUGUUGAUAGCAUCUUCUGUAGGAGCUGGAAACUUUUUGUCCAGCAUCUUAAAUGGAGGUAUUUACUCCUUAAAAGUUGAAGAUGUUAAGGACCUAUUAUCAUUGUGCAGAAAAAUAUACUCCAGUCCUCGCCCUCCUUUGGUUCAUUUUGGAGGGAUGCUCGGAGUCAUAAGUUUGUUAGGAGCCAGUGUUGGACUACCAGAUCAAUAUAUCACUUCUACCCAGGCAGACAUUCCCUUUGAUCAAAAGAUGGAAUCUUCUCGUAUAAUGGGUCCUCUACUUUCAAUACCACUCGUGGAGCCUGAAUUGACAUUGUCAGUGCGGGAGAUUUUUCUAGCUGCACAAGAAUCUGAUGACCAUCAAUUUCGGCAAUUUGCAGCCUGGGCGAUUUCGCUCCUUCGAGAUUUCCUCUGGUUCAAGCAACCUCAGAAUGAGGAAAUUACUUUUCAAGAGGAUGCAAUCAGUUCAGUUCGUCAAGGUCUCCCAAAGGACAGUUUGGUUGUCAAAAUCUCUACGUGGUUAAUGCAUUUGGACCUUCAGACAGCUACAAUUUCACAUGCUACCACGGUUUUUAGUGCUUUGCGUUGCCUUUCAUACGCUCCAAGAUUGCCAAUGUUGGAUUGGGGUGCAAUAAUUAGACGGUGCAUGAGAUUGGAAGAUCUACUUGCGAAGUCAUUGGCUCUGGAUUCUUCUAUGAAGAAAGGAUAUCUCAGAGAGGAAUGUUUAUUAUUCUCAUUAUGCCAUGCAAAUCAAAUUGAACCACUCCUUGUUUUCAUUAAUGAGCUAUCUGAGCUUUCUAGGUUUAAGACACUUGACAAAAAUCUGCAGUCGUGUUUUCUUUUGCAUCUGGCAGAUCUGAUUAAAAUAUUCUCAGGUUCCAGGCUGGAGAAGUUAUUUGAGGAUAUAAUUAACUUCAUGUUGUGGGUAAUCUCUUCUCAGAAGUACAGCCAGGAAGAGAAGAGCUUCUUAAGGACUUCCUGUUGGAAAGGUCUUUCCUUUUGUUUGGGUGGAGAUUCUCUUCAUGUGCAAGAAUGUGUGGCUUAUAUGGAAAAGUGCAUGAAGGUUCUCUUUGACUUGUUGCCUGCAAUAGACAUUAUGGAACCAUGUUCUGAGAUUUCCGAGGAGUUCUCUGAAGCUGUUAGUUGUCUGGGAAAGUCUAAUCAGAGAUGGUUGUUAGAUCUUCUGCAGACACCAGAAGCAAGCUUCAUGGAGGAGAAUAGACAUUUCUCUGAAAGUGUGAAAAAGAUUCGAGCAAAAGCUAGACUGGUUCGAAUCGGUUCUCUGACAUUGACCGAGCUUGGAAAACUAAGACCUUAUUUUCUGAAUCUGAGAUCUGAAGUAAUGUGGAAUGUUCUGACUGAAGUUGCUGCAGCUCUGCAACAUGCCGAGGAAAAUGUUAAAGUGGAGUGGCUUCUUGAAACACUUCAAAUCAGUUGUGUGACAAGUUAUCCAUCCACGGCUCUGCAGUUGUUGGGGCUGUUAUGUGGUAACUGGUGCAAGUACAUGCCGAUACUGGUGAUGGAUAAAUAUAACGUGCUCAGGGAUCUACCCAUCACCCUUACGAGCUUUCUUCGAGAUUCCAGCUUGGGCAAUUUAUCAGAAUCUGUAUUUUCAAGUUUGUGGACGUUGACAGAGCGAAUUUAUGGAUGGGUUACCGGCGAUAGUAUACCUAAUCAACAAUCUAUAGAUAGAAGCGAGAAUGAUGCAUCAGUAUUUCUGUUGUUCGUUCUGCAUCGUGCAUGUGUGCUUUUAAAAGACUGUCUGCCUUUGGAUAAGCAAAUUGAGCUUGCUAAUAUGGUGAUUCCAUGAAACUUCUUAUUGUUUUGGAAUUUGUUGUACAUUUUUCUUUAACUAUGCCGAUGAAGGAUCUCACCUGCAGUCAAUUAUUAGUGUAAUUUGUACAAAAGAAAUUCAUUGGGUCAGCUAAUGUAUCUUUAGUGUCCGAAUUCUCAGUGGCGGUCACAACUAAUGGUACCCUCGAUGGAGCUGGAAAGGUUGUCGUCCUUGUGGUUGAUAUCGAUUGUGUUUAUUUUAUUGAUC